CCACAUGACCUGUCAAGUAGGAAGUAGCUGACGGACAGUGGCAGCAGCGACCAGAGACGAAGGAAGACGUGGUUUUAACAUCGUUAACAUUUGAAGUCUCACUCUCGACAGAUUUGUCAGCAGAUAUAUUUCCAAUCUUCUGGGACAGAAGGAGCAGCAACUAGGCCGACGUCAUGUACAGGAAGCUGCUGUUUUUCUCCGCAGUUGUGGCUCUGGUUGGCGCAUCAGCCGCAGCAGACCUAGCUCCGUGUUCCGAAUUGAAUUCAUGUGACACAUGCCUGAAGAAUAAAGACUGUCAAUGGGUCAACUGCUCAACAUCAACGUUGAACUGUCACAAUGCCACGGUGGCAGAAAGUGAGAACUGCACCAAAGCUGACUGCUCACUUAUUACCACCACGACUACAACUGUCCUUCCAUCUCCUACUACAAGUACUCCCCCCACUACUCCUGUUGUCACCACUGCCUCUAACAGCAGCAGCUCUGAGACCACCACAGCAGCAGGAAACGGCACCAGUGUUUUACCCACCAACAGCAGCGUGACUACAACUGCACCUUCCAAUGGCACAACACCAAUGCCAAUCACCCCCAGCCCCUCUCAGAAGAACUCCACCUUCGAUGCUGCGAGCUUUAUCGGCGGGAUAGUGCUGGUCCUGGGCCUGCAGGCCGUCGUCUUCUUCCUCUACAAAUUCUGCAAAUCCAAGGACCGCAACUACCACACCCUUUGAGAGCCGCAACUCAGAUUAUCAUUAGACCCGACAAAACCCCGCUAACUCGAACCUUCUAGAGAAGACUCCCUCACCCAGCACACACUUAUCAAACAAACACACACACACACACACAAACAAACCAACUCCAACAGUGUUUCCAAGCUCGUACCCUCUGACCUUUUGAUAUUUGUGCCACUUGUGGUUUGGCCCCACAUUAGCGCUAUGUAACAGCUUCCCCCGCAUGCCUUGUAUGUACGACAGCUCAUGUCCAACUUAGCUACGACUAAACAGAUUUCUACUGAUAUGGUAUUCAAGCUUUGAGCAUGGGGAUUACAUCAUCUGGUAGCUGCUCCCACCUCCAUCAUGCUGUUAGUCAUUCAUCAAUGCAUCAUUGCAGUGUAGACCAUUAUCCCUUUCUCCUCAUUACCACUCAGAGUCAGCCAUGUGUACAGAGCAGCUUUCCCAGAGAUGCAGCUGCGGCGUGGCCGGUUUUCUCGAAUUUCCAUCGUGACAUGGAAACACUGUUGGAGUUCACAGCUAUUCUAAAAUGUGACAGCGGCGAUGAUUCAGUAUUCCUCACAGCCUGUUGAAACGUGGGCAGGUUCCCUCACGCCCACCCUCUCCCAUACAGCUGUAUAUGUGUUCAUAGAUGAUGUUUAAUAGGUGGGGUCAGUUAUGAGGGAAUAAAAAAGCAACACCCACCUCUCUUAAUGUCAGAAUGGGGGCCAAAACAGAACCUGGUCUAGUUGACAGUUUUUUGAUGGGUGUCUCCCUUGACAUUUAAGAGUGUUGUGGUUUAUUUUUUUCUGCUGUCGAGUUCCCAGCGGGGAGAUCUCUCACCCAAAGCAUAAUGUCAAACACCAACUACCAGUGGUGUGGCUCAAUGCAAUAAAUUAUGUAGGAAGUUCAUUUUCCAGCCAUUAAUCCCCCUCCACUGUAACUUCAGGUCUCGUCUAAUGUAUAUGCACAGAAAGCCGUCCCUUUCUUUUUUUGUGGCGCUGCCAGAAAAGGGUGAAAAUUAGCGACUGUAGAAAAUUUCAGAUGACUAAUAAAAUAUGACUAAUUAAUUAUUUGUUUAAAUUAUGUAUAACAUGGAAAAUGGAGAGGACGGUGAGAAAAUGGCAAGCACCUUUCUUAAAGUGGGGAGUGAUCGCAGUGAAGUGUUGACAGCGUCCAGUCUGAGAAACAGAGAGAAACAGAAGAGCGUUCUCCCCGAGUGUUGCCAUUAGCGUGUUGGUAUCACCGAGCUGAUAGGGAAGAACAGUUAGACCUACAGUGAAUCCCAGGUGGACUGAAGAGCCUUUUAUUUGAAGACUACAUUAGACAGUUGUCACUUGAAUGGCCAUUGUUGAAGUUUACGUUCCGUAUAAGUAGAGUGUUGAAGAUGAUUCAAAGGUAUUCUCUGCUUUGUUUCAGCUCCUAAAACUGCGUCUAAAUGUCCUGCCGUCUUACUGUUUAUGUUUCAGGACUUGCUUGUAAAUUGUGUUUAAUUACCAAACAUGAAGAAUGAGCUGGUAGGAUAUUUGACUGUGCUGUUAGGUGAUGUAAAUCCAAGAGCGUAUCUUUUUUUUUUUUUUCUGGGCCUGAUUUGAAAACACGAGUACUGCAGAGCACAACGUGGUGUAGAUGUAGGACUGGUGGAGAGCUGUCCUGGUCAAACAUAUGAAUGUUGCACCUUUUCCUCGUCUGACUUUGGCGUGUACGUGAGAAGGUUUGAAUGGAGUGCAGAUUUGCGACAACUAUGUGGCCAGGCUCAUGUCAAGCUUUCUAAUUAGCUUGCUGCUAACUGUGAUUUUUUUUUGUGUGUGUCUCUUCUGUACACAGCCACUUCUUUUUUGUUUAUCCUGUUUCACCUUAAGGAAUGGCUAAAUGAAGGAGUGUUUAUCAGGACGAUCCUGCGUAUAGAAGCUGACUGUGUCAGGAAUGUUAAGUUUAAAUGCUUUGAUUUCAUUAUUGCAUGCUGGAUGCUUAGACUCUGACCUGUGAUUUUGUUUUCCUCACAUACACCUAACAGAAACCACUUGAUUAUUUGUGAUGAAUCCAUAUGCUAGUCUGAAGAAUGCCUUGGAGCAGUGUGCAUUAAAGCCAAAGUCCUCAGUUUUGGCAUGGGACAUAUGAGCAUUGCACUGACAAGCUUUAUUUCAUAACUUUGUCUUUGUAAAUGUUUCCAUGAGUCAACCAAAAAGUAAAAGUUGAAGUCUUUCUUGUAGAAACACUCAGUCUUGAAUGUUAGCUAGAAAUUAAUCAAUAUCCACACAUUAGUGAGUUCAAAUGUGUUAUGUUCCUGGCUUUUUGUCUUUUUUACUUGCUGUUAGUUUUAUAUAUUUCUUUUGACCCCUAAUGACACGCCUUUAAGAAGGGGAACACCGGCCAUUUUUAUCAAAUAGCUUUAUUGUCCAAAGUCACAAAGUUGAAAAAACAAAACAAACUAAACUAAAUAUUUGGACCAACAUAGCCUGGUUUGUUUCACAUGUUCUAGUUCUUUACAAAUUCAGCCCAGUUUUCAAGGGUUUAUAUGAAGUCCAAUUUUUAAACUGCACUCAAACAUCAUUACCUAUGCUUUGCAACAUGAACUGAAUCCAAAAGAGACAACUGGCUAAGAUUUGGACUGUACAUAGAACUGGUGUGGACAUUUCUGGAAGCAUAAAAAAUAUGGGACUUGCAUAGCAUUUGUAAUAAUGUUUUGAGCCCUUUAAUAGCCAUACAACUAACAGCCAAAAAUCUGCCUCCAUGUUGUUACUUUUGAGUUUUCUGCACAGACGUUGGGUGGGCACGUCGCAUUGGCUGCAUUCCUCAAUAGCACAGCAUCACAUGUCAUCAGUGUGGUGUUUUCAGGAGACGUCUGUUAUCCACCGAUGCCAAUAGACGUCCAUUAUGUUGCCUCCCUGCAGUUUCCCCUGCACCCUCGUAAGGAAAAGUGCCUUAUUCAGUUGAUUUCAUUUGGAGGUCUAGAUUGUUAGAUUACAUGCCCACACCACAUAAGUAUCACUGGGACUCUGUCUCGUCGCACCCAGCCUUAAUGUUUUGAACGAGUCAAUAAAGCAUUUGUCAGUGACAGUGUGUCAGGGAAACCACCUUUGGUUUGAAAUUAGAUGAGCUUUGCCCAAACUUCUCACCAAACUGGUUAAAAGGUUGUUUCAUCAACUGAUGUGACUGGCCAUGGCCUGGUCUGCUUGACCUUAGAAAUCUUGUUAGUGGGGUCACCGUGUUAAAUAACAAAUAGCAUCAGUAAUGUAUUACACAGCUGCAGACCUCGAGUGUUCUUCACGUUUGCUUUAUCAAGCGUACAGUCGCAUGAUGACUUGAACUCCACUUGUAUUUUGUGUUCUUAUAAUGAAUGGCAUCUUUUACCAUUUUGAAAUGUAAUCUUGGAGGGCUCUUCUGUCUGGUUUAGUCUCAACCUCCAAGAAUCAAGUCUUUUUUUUAUGAUUCCCUCCUGUGUGUGAUAUUUGAUUUUGACCAGUUAUGCAGGUAUGGAUAUUUCGACUUUUUUUCCCAUCCAAACAGUAACACACAUGCACACACAUCAUUAUAUUUGUGGACAAUGACAAUGAGUCUAGAAAUGUUUUCUGCUCACUUUGUGUGCCCUUAAUCUUUCCCCCCAUGCUUUCCUUCUUUGGACUCCAUGUUUUGUUGCAAGUUUUCCAGUGUUGCCUUUAGUUUCACAAUGUUGAGUCAAUAAAGUUUGAAUAUUGUUAAACAAA